GGUAUGCUCGCUGGCGAGCGUCGGUUCCUUCGAGGCAGAGCAGCUCUGCCCAGAACCUCGUGGGGGCGCACAGCUUCCUGUCUCAAGCUGCCCCCCGCGCCGCAGCCGGACCUGGCCCCGUCAGCCAACUGCAACCCUACAUGAACCGCGACGACGUAAUCGGCCGACAUUGGAAUAUCAGCUUUGCAGUCCAAACAGGCUCCUCAUUGGCGGCACACACCGGACGCCCACUUGCGGCAAGCAUCAUGGAAGGAUUUACGGGAGUAGGCGCCGUUAGACGCUAGGGCUGAAGAAUAAGGACAAAUAUAUCAGGUUGGCCUGAUCUCCCGGCUAAUAUACCGUUGUGCUUUCGGCGCAAUGCCUUUAUCCUUCCUCCUAGGCAUUCCUCAUCGAACGAACAGCACUAGCUACGCUAUGGAGCCUUUGAGCAUUGCAACCGCCGUGGCCGGUUUUGCUGACGCGGCUAUGCUCGUCGGAAAAGGCAUCCGGCUCCUGCGUACCAUCUCAAACGUCGAUUCCGACUUCCGCAGUCUCCUCAGCGAGCUCGAUGCCCUACAAAUCUUCGUUGACCAGGUUUCCCGAGUAAUCGAGGAGAUCUCGCAGCCCUCCAUGAAGGCUUCUGAGCCCUCCCUCGAGCACCUCGAAGCUGUCCUUUACCGUCUUGUGCAGACUACCAAGGAGCUCGAGUCGCUGGCAAAAGACCUGGUCUCUGGCGCGGAGGGACACCUCGGCCGGGAGGGAGGGACCAAGAUCUCAAAAGUCAAGUGGCUGAAGCACAGGUCUGCGACUACGGCGCUGCGCCAACGCUGCCGCAGCUCGCGCGAAGAUAUGAAUUCUCUCCUGGGCCCUGUAGGACUUUUGCUACAAAGUGCACGCCAUGCCCAGUUGACGCUCAGGGUCACUGAAGUCCAGGCCGCCAUCACACAGGUCAUCAACCAGGCAGCAAAGCGAGCAAUGAAAGAAGCGGUGACGCCUGCUAUCCAGCCCCGGACGACCGUGGCCGCAUCCGCCUGGGGGGCGAGUGAGAGUCACAGCAAUUCGGCGAGCUUCGAUGCAUUUGCGGUAGACGCCUCCGCCGCCAAAGGUUGUGGCUAUAGGUGCCGAUGCCGAUGCCACAUAACAUCGCGAAUCCAGACACCUUCCUGGCUGUGCUCGAUUGUGGGCGAAUACCUACUGCGGUACAAUGCAGUCCCCUUCUUCGACAAACGGCCGUGUGACUCGGCAAGUUGCCUUGCGGGCACGAAAAAGUUCAUUCGCCUACAUUUGCAUUUCCCUCCCUGGCUUCUGCGCAGCGCCAUCCAUGUUGCCCUGUUGUGGCAUGCCUUUGGCAGCCCAGGAGCUACAAUGUUUUUCGCCGUGUCCAGACCAAUAUCCUUCGGUCCAAUUUGGGCAGCAAUCCGUUUCAAUAACCUCAGUCGACUUCGUCAAGAGUUAUCCGCCGGCGAGAUCCUCCCGACCGAUAUCGACAGCACAACCGGUGAGGCAAUACUGGCACCGGUUUUGCGCGAGUGUCCCGACAAUCCUGCUGUCAUCAACAUCUUCAUCGAGUCCUGGAAGCAUCACCUGCCCAGGGUCGUCGGCAGAAAUGGACUGUCUGCCUCAGGCAUAGCCCAAACGAUGCUGUGGAAAACCCCUCAGCUUUCCGCCGAGGUGAGGCGAGCUUUAGAGCGCAUUGUUACCCUGGCCUCCAACCAUUCGCCGCCGCCUUCCUUGAUACGCGACGCAAUUCUUGGGAUUGGCCCUGUUGGUUUGGGCAAAGCUCUCGAGAUCGAGCCUCGCAACGUCAACGUCCUAGAUUGCUACGGACUGUCCCCGCUCCACUGGGUCGCGUACCGUAACGAUGUGGCAUCAGCUCGACUCUUGCUGGAAAACAAGGCGAAAGUGGAACUCAAGGACAUGCCGCUGGGGCGAACGGCGCUACACAUCUCGUGUCUCCUCGGCCUUUUCGACUUGGCACACAUGCUACUCUGCCAUGGCGCCGACCCAAAUUGCGAAGACUCGAUGCAGAUGAACCCCUUGCACUAUGCGAUGGAGUUUCCCGAUAUCGUCCGGCUCCUUCUGGAUUUUGGCGCGCUUCCAAACGGCUCCAGGAGGCUCGAAAGGGCCCCUCUGCACUACUUAUUCGGCCUUCGAACGGGUGCCAAGGCAGGGGAGGCCAUAACGACCAUCGCCGCCGCCGGUGGGGACACCAACCUUAAAUCCCCCCUCGGCGUUUCCACCCUUGACCUUGCCGCUGCGUGGGGGGAUAUUAAUGGCGUGGAAGCCCAUUUUCUGUGUGAUGCGCGGCCUGAUCUUUCGGGCCUGGGGUUGGAUCACCUAUCCCAGUGUGGGUGCUACUCCAUGAACCUGCAAGUCAUUGAAGCCCUCAGGGGAAUCGCUGGUCGUAUCCAAGUUGACAUUGACUGCCUGGGCAGUACGUCACUGGCUGAGCUGCUGCAAGGCAGGAUGCAGUCCCGGUGGCCGAUUGAGGUCCCCGAAAGAUUCCCCCGCUUCCUCAACCCACAGCAACGGACCUUCCCUCCUUUGACGUACAUGGCCGUCUACAAUCUCAACGCGCUGAUUGUGGAGAUUAGGGAAGCCAAUUGGUCAGCUGGCUUGUUUCUGGAGUCAAGGGGAAGGCUGCUGGCGGGUGGUUCACAUCAGAAACUCAAACGCUGGCUCGGGAAGCAGCUUCUGCGCAUGCAAUACGAGCCGAGCAAUGUGGAUCGAAUCUGGGAUGACCUCGACGCGGUUGGGUAUCCGUUAGGUCUUGGUAACCCAGUGACCGACUCCAAUACCAGCCUGCCCAGCAGCGGUGAGGAUACUGACCCCUGGGACGGAGAACAGUGGGCACAGGCGGGACUCAACGAGGGGUCUAUCUUUGGAUUCGACAGUUUGUUCGGAGAAGAUGAAAUCGGCAGCCCGGGCAUUCUUAUAGGCACCCCCGACGAGCCAGAAGGGGACGAAGACGAGUUUUUUGACGCCCUGUAAGAGUGUGCGAGUCUGCCAACCGCUCGCCCCAGCUAGUCUGUCUGAACCAUGAACCAGCAUACAGCUUAAGAGAAAUAAUAAUAAAAAAGGAAAUAAAAAAAUAGGGAUGACAGAGAGCUGUCACCAGCGCCGAG